UAUUUUAAGACGGAAUACGACGGGGAAGAAGAUUUCAUUAAGAAAUGCGAAAGAUAUUUUUCUAUUCUUGUGGCAUUGUUUUUAUUUUUUCUCGUAGUACUUUAUGCAAUAUUUACAUAUUUUAGUUAUAUUUCUUUAGCCAAAUUUAUACGUGAUGAUAAAAUACUACUUGGCUGCACAAUAGUCACUCAGUUAUGGGCAAUUUAUACGUUGUCACACAUAUGUUGUGUGUUGCUAUUCUCGGCAUUUGGUUUACUAAUGGUAGCGAAACGACUUGUGGAAACCUCCAAAGAAUUAGAAAAUGCAAAGCGAGCAACUAGAUGGUUUUUACCAAAUCUGUUAGAGAAAUUGUGGGAAUUGUGGGAAUGUAUUGAAGAACUAAACGAAAAAUGGAGUAUUCUUUUUCCUAUUAUAUAUAUAAAUUUUCUGUACGAAUCCAGUUUUUUCUUAUAUGGAGCUCUUUUCGCUAAGAUACCUUUCGUCCUACGUUUAGCUAUAUCUGGUUUUGCAUCGAUUCUUUUAUUUGGAUUAUUUUCAGUGUCUUGGGCACUUUCGUCAUUUACAUCGAUUGUAUACGAUAAUUUCAUUUCAAUUGGGAAAUUCUAUUCGGAGCCUCUUUCCUCGGAGUAUAAAUUCAAAGUGAUUGGGUUCAUGAAGAAAUUUGGAGGAAGACCUUUUGGAAUAUCCAUUGGGGGAUUCUUUUACGUGAAAAAGAACUUUCUUAUUCGGGUAGGAAGAAAUAGUUUGUAA